UAUACAAAUAUAUUUCGCAAAUGUUUAUGCUGAGUUACUUUGCCAUAACAGUUUAACGAGACUUAAAUAAAUAAAUAUGUUAAAUUUAAUUAUAAAUCAAUAAUCUGAAGAAUGUCCUGAAUAAUUAUGUUUAGAUGGAGCAAAUGUCAAAUUUAUUGAGCAUUGACUGUGACAUUGAGCCUUGCAUUGUUAGAAAAAUUGAUUAAAUAUGGUUAAUAUUUUGGACUGAUUAGUUUACAGUAUAUUUUUAUCCUUUACUUCUCGAAUAUAUUUUAUACGACAAAAUACUCAUGUGUUGAUUUAGAUUUAGGUUUUAUCCGGGAGUGUUUUUAAAGUAGGAAAAGGUUAAUGUAAAUUAACAGAGCAAUGGAUCGGAGUUCACAUUACGAUGGGCUAGAAAGCAAAUCUCAUUGGAUUGCUGGUGAUAUAACUCGAAAUGUAUUAGAAAUGAAUAACGAGAACUUAGUUUUCCAGCAAAAUGAUCUAUUUCCAUCAGCUUUUCCUAUUAUGGCUGAUAUAAGAAGGCAAGGAAAACUCUGUGAUGUUGUAUUGAAGGUGGAAGGACAGUUUUUCAGUGCUCACAAGAUUGUAUUGGCAUCAACCAUUCCAUAUUUUCAAGCAAUGUUUAUGAAUGAUAUGAUUGAAUCUCGUAAUAAAGAAAUUGAAAUAAAAUGCAUUGAUGCUUUGGCACUUGAAGCUUUGGUUAACUUCGCCUACACAGGAAAAGUUACUCUAGAUAAAAAUAACGUACAGAGUGUUAUGAUAGGAGCAUCUUAUUUACAAUUAAAUAAAGUCAGAGAUGCCUGUGCCAACUACUUAUUGCAAAGAAUUCACCCACAGAACGCAUUAGGAUUUAGACAUUUUGCAGAUUCAUUAGGCUGUUCCACACUGGCAGAUUCCGCAGAGAAAUAUAUCGAAUCAUAUUUCCAUGAAGUUUCCCAACAUGAGGAGUAUUUAAAUCUCUCUGUGACAGAAAUAAAAGAUUUGUUAAGUAAAAAUGAUCUCAGAGUUGAAAGCGAAGAACAGGUUUUUGAAGCUUGUAUGAGAUGGGUUAAACAUGAUGUGGAAAUAAGAAAAGAUUUCUUGCCAGAAUUAUUGUCCUUAGUUAGAUUGCCAUUAUUAUCACCUCUAUACAUUACCGAUAGGGUUAGAAAUGAAGAACAAAUAAGGUAUUCCAUACAAUGCCGGGAUCUCGUAGACGAAGCUUUAACAUUUCACUUAAUCCCAGAACGACGAGCGUUGAUACAGAGUUUUCGAACGGAACCGAGAGUGUGUGACAUUAAAGGUCACAUAUAUGUUGUCGGUGGCUUAAACAAACAUGGAGACUCAUUAUCGACAGUCGAAUAUUAUGAUCCGAAGAAGGACAAAUGGAAUAUGGCACCUCCUAUGUCGAUGAUGAGGUCUAGAUUAGGAGUGGCUGUGAUAAAAAGUAAAUUAUUCGCUUUUGGAGGUUACAAUGGAAAAGACCGAUUAGCAAGUGUUGAAGUUUAUGAUGCGAUUAGGAAAGAAUGGGCUACUGUGGCGCCGAUGAUUUGUAAAAGAAGCGCCCUAGGAGCAACCGCAUUAGGUGACAUUAUAUAUGUAUGUGGUGGAUAUGACGGCGUGACCUCUUUGAAUUCAGUGGAGAGAUACCAUCCAAGUACCAAUUCUUGGUGUUCUUUAGCACCAAUGAAUAAGUCUAGAAGUGCAGGUGCAGUCAUUGCCUGUCAAGGUUACAUAUACGCGUUAGGUGGCCAUGAUGGCCUGUCAAUCUUCGAUUCAGUAGAGAGGUAUAAUCCAGCAACUAAUACUUGGACGGAAGCUCCACCAAUGCUCACUAAAAGGUGUAGAUUGGGUGUCGCAAUGCUGGGUGGGAAAUUAUUUGCAUGUGGUGGAUACGACGGAAGUUCAUUUCUUCAAACUGUGGAAAUGUUUGAUCCAGCCACUAAUAAGUGGGUAUAUGUAGCACCGAUGAACGCUCAAAGGAGUCGAGUAGCUCUAACAGCCAACAUGGGUAAACUAUGGGCAGUAGGUGGAUAUGAUGGUAUAUCUAAUCUUGUAACGGUAGAAGUAUAUGAUCCAAAGAGUGAUAAAUGGACCUAUGCAGCUGACAUGAUAGCACAUGAAGGUGGAGUCGGCUUAGGAGUGAUUUCUAUACCGUGAAAUAUAUAAUUUAAUGAAGCCAUAUUUUACUAUCAUUCGAAACGUACUUUUUAAAUUGUUUAUUUUACCGUUUUAUGAACUAACGAAAUUUUAAAGAUUACAUACACUUUCAAAAGGUCUGCAUUUUCUACUCGCGACAGUUUUUAAAGUGUUAGCGAGUUCCCUGACAACAAAGGUUUGUUAUAGUUAUAACAAUAUACCCUAAUACAAGAGUAGUUUCCGAUGUUUUGGGUAUGAUAUUAACUUUAAAUUUUUUUCAUUAAGAAUAAUUUAUUAAUACCUGACAAUAACCUGAGAAGCUUUGAGCAAAUCAAUGAAAGAAUUAUUAUUUAUCUAUUAUGUGGAAAGUGCACGUUCUCGAGAAUAUUCGAAUAUGUGCCAUCAGAAUGUGAAUCACAACCAGAUAAACAAAUAUUCUGUGAAACACAGAACAGAAUUUCUUGAAAAUGUAAAUAACCGCAAAUAAAUUGAGCUGUUGGGAGAUUUUAAUGCUCCUAUAGGAAGAAAAACAAAUCGUAAAAUCGUAGGAACAUACGGGAAAGAUAAAACAAACGAAAAUGGAGAACAGUUAAACGAAUUCUGCGAACAGCACUCUCUAAAAAUCUUAAACGGAUUCUACCAACAUAAAAACAUACAUAAAUAUACCUGAGCCCAGCCAACGAGACUUACCAAGUGAGUUAUAUCCGUAGAUUAUGUUAUGGCAAAAUAAGAAACACACAUACAAUUAGAAGACGUAAGAGUAUUAAGAGGACAGGAGUGUGGAACUGAUCACUAUAUAGUACGAUAAAAAUGGUACCUAUAGUAUCGACCGCGAUCCCUACACCUAAAUGACAAACGACCAGCACAAUCAAAACCACUAGAAACGGAUCCAACUAAAUAAAAUAUUGAUUCAUUGCAAAAUUACUACAUUAUU